AAAAGGGUCCACACAGAGAAGUCUCUCUCUCUCUCUCUCACUCUCCCUCUCUCCCCAUUCAAGAGGAGAAAAUUGCAUUCUGGGACUUGUACACCCACUACAACGUCAGAGUACAUGGACAACAAUGUAAAUUACAAUAGCGGACAGUGGGAAUGGCAAGGCGACGAUUAUUAUCUACAAAGAGAUCCCAAUCUCAACAUAUCUCCCUGCUUAUGGGAUGGAGUAAACCAAAAUGAAGAAGAUUACUCGUAUAUGCUUGACGAAACGACUCCAGUCAAGGCCUGUAUGGAUUUCGAUUGUCAUGUUUCUGAAUAUGGAGAAAACAUCAAGGGUUUGGACGAAUGUAGAGAGCCUUCACAACUAAAGAGGCGACGCAUGCUACAUUUCAAUCCUCAAGCUACUGAUCCCUGCAACUGCGAUGAACAAAUCCCAUCUGCAUUUGUGAAAUCGAAGGAUAGGGAGAUGUCAUUAGUGGAAGAUGGAUUAGCUGAAAACAUGCAGUGGGCGCCGAGUUUCCCUGAUGAUAGAUGCACCUCUGGCAACGAUGGCUUGGAUCAAUCAUCAGAGGGAUGGCUUGCAAAUUGCUUUAUCGAUUCUGAUGAAAUGAAUGUUUCCGGGGCAUCCGAUGAUCAGGUCGAUAUAUCAGAAUUCUGCAAAGUCCCACCUGAGAUGGGAGCUGAUAUAAUGCAAGAACCUUCCACCCCAGCUCCUCGCAGCUUUUUUAAAAUCAUAUCAGGUAGGAAAUCAUGCAUGCCAGCCCCAACAAAGUUGGCUACAUCUGUUGCAUAUCCCUUUGCCCUCAUCAAACCAUGCGGAGUAGAAGGAGAUGUGACUCUGAAGGACAUAAACCAGCGCAUCCGUAUUCCACCACCAUCGGAAUCUAAGGAUAAGAAUGACGAGGACCCUGCAUGUUCUUAUCCCACGUCAGCUUUUUCUGGGAAGCCCGUGGUUGUAAAGACCAAGAUCCGCACCGAAGGGGGGAAAGGCAGCAUCACAAUCAUGCGGACCAAAGGAUGACUAGAUAAGUCCUUUCUUCUCAUGGUUCUUGCUUCUCUCUCUUGCUCAUGUAUAUCUCUUUUUGGUUGUGAAGUUUCUCCAUGAUAUACCGUGGCCCACCAACAUAGAAGUUCUAUUAUAUUAUCAGGAUCGUCUCAUGUGAUGUUGGGUUUCUUUUUGUUAGUAAAUGCCCUUGUCAUUCCCUUUUUAAAAAUCUUUUUUUAUGUUGAAACGGUUGGGUACUUGGGUUGUUUUGUAAGCUAAUACAAAGCUGAUGCUUAAAGAACAUAUGAUGAUUGGGAUGGGGAUCUUGAGGGGUUAGAUGCUCAUUCCUGCUUUUGAUUUUGGGGAAUUGUAGUAAUACUUCAAUUGUAUUCCUUUCAUGUGCAAAGAAUGUUGUUAGGCAUUUGGAUGCUUGAGUGAA